AUGGUGUACCGCAUAAACAGGAACACCCAGCAGAGCAGCGCGACAUCGGCCCCCAAAGAAAGGAACGUCAGCAAGGGGGGCAAGGAUGGGAAGACGUUCAGAGGGAAGGACCCUCAUAAGGAUACUCAUAAGGAGGGUCAUAAGGAUACUCAUAAGGACCCGCAUAAGGAUCCUCAUAGGGACAUCCACCAGUGGUACAUCCAAAACAACAUCGAGCAGAAAAAAAAAAAAAACGAGGAAAUCGAAAAGGACAAAAAUUCCUACUUCGAAGACGCGGAGGUGGAGAAAAACGUGGAGGAGUACAUAAGCGUCGUGUGCAGAAUAAGGAACGACGUGAGUGAAAAUCAAAACGGAGAAGAAACACAAAGUAACGAAGUGGAAGUAAUUAAGAAAGUAGCCAAAAAUAAGCUCGUCAUUGACACCUGUCCAAUGGGAAACAAAAACAAUGGACUCAAUUUAGAAUACACAUACGAUCGAGUAUACGAUAUUGAAAAUAACAACAAAAUGAUCUUUAAUGAUUAUAUUAAGCAUAACAUAAAAAAUAUUUUCCAAGGAAUUAACUGUAGUAUAAUGGCCUAUGGACAAACAAACAGUGGGAAGACAUAUACCAUGCUGGGAAGCUUCGAAUAUUUGAAUAAUCUGUUUCACCUUUGUAAGGAAAACCAAAACAACAAAAUGGGCUGGACAGUCGAUAACGACAUUGCUAUCACUUACGAGGAGCUCACGAACUGUAUAUCGAAUGAACCCAACUAUGUGGGUCUGAUUCCUCACUGCAUUAAUUACAUCUUUAAUUAUAUAAGCUACCACAAAAGCGAGAAGGAGCCACCUAAUGGCAGAAAAGAAUUUGUCGUUACUAUGUCCAUUCUUGAAAUUUAUAACGAAAUAAUAUAUGACUUGAUCAGCGGAGAAAGUAACCUCUCCGUUCAUAUGAUCGAUUCAGAGAAAAAUGAGUUCGUCAUUAAAAACUUGAGAGAAGUGGAAAUUGAAAAUGUUAUUAAUGCACUUCAUUAUUUGGAGGAAGGAGUUAACAACAGGAAAAUCGCCUUCACACAUAUGAACAAGGCUUCCUCAAGAUCCCACCUUAUUUUUAUUAUAAAAAUCAAGAGGUAUAUUCAUGCUACCAACACGGUGAGGUGUGGCAAGUUGUGUCUUGUUGACUUAGCUGGAAGCGAACGACUUAAACAGACAAAGGCCACUGGUUCCGUCAAAAUAGAAACCACCAUGAUUAAUAAAAGCUUGACUGUCCUCAGCAAAGUUGUCAACGCCUUGGCUGUGAUGCAGAUCAAGGAGAAAAUGGACAGGACAGGUAAAGAGAAGCCUCCCGAUCAUGUUGCCCCGACGGGGGAAGCCUCCACUGAAGCACCUACCGAUGAUACACGACCGACGGAAGAAUCUGCACAGAAGGAGGACCACACGGGCGGCCACCCGGAGGACCACAGGGACGACGACAGGGACGACCACAGGGACGACAACACGGACAACCACAGGGACGUCCAAAAAGCAAGCGUGCCCAACACAACGAGGAAGGCCAAGUUCCAAGGGGCAGUCACCGCCGCAGGAGCCACCUCGGGAGGAGCCCCACCCAGUGUGCACAUCCCCUACAGAGAUUCCAAACUGACAAGGGUCCUCUCAGACAGCUUGGGGAACAACUGCAAGAGUAUUCUAAUCUGCACCUUGUCGUCAAAGCUGCGAUACCUGAACGAAACGGCCUCCACCAUCAAAUUCGCACAGAGGGCUAAAAUGGUGAAAGCCAAGCCAGUGGUGCGCGAAGAAAAAAUGGAAACAAAACAUGUCAAAGAGGACUACCAUAGCGAAAAGGAGGGAAGCAACAACCAGCAUAAUCUUAAGGAGAAAGCGGCGGACAUUUUCGUCAACUUUAAUCAAAACCAUAUUACCAAGGAUAUCAUUUUCUUCUCCUUUAGUCUCUGCAUCUUUAGCUACAUCUGUGGGUUCAAGAGCACUGGAAAGGUGAAAUAUCUGGACUUUUUCAUCGAGUCGUAUAAGAACAAAAUUGACAUAAUAAAACAGCAACUGAGCAAAGAAGGCAUAGACACCAACGAAGUUAACCAGUGCAUACUGAAGACAUUUGAUGAGCUCAAACUUUUAACGGAGGAGGAAAAGGAAAAAUACUUGAAGAAGAUCCAACAGGCGAAGCUACAAAGUAACGACGUAGAGGGACACCCAUGGGCGGAAAAAAGGCACAAUCACCUGCACAAACUACUGGGGAACAGACUCUUUGGGAAGGGGGCCAUAGCGGAUGGACGGAAUGGGGAAGUGGGCGCAGCAGGGGAAGCAGUCAGGAGCAGUCCGAACGGGCAAAUUGCACCCGACGCGUUGCAGCUGAGCUUGCUCAAACGUGGAGCAGCUCAGCUGGGAGAAGCAGCAGCAGAAGCAGCACAGGCAGAACAACACGAAGAGGACGAAGAAGACGCGCUGAUAGGAGACAUCCUAAUCAAAAUGAAAAACGACAUUUGCAACAUUCUAAAAUUUAACUUAGCUAGCUUGAAAAGCAACCUAAAGCAGGACGCGCAGAUGUUCGACGAAUUGCUAAACAUUGUAAACAGCGUGAAGGAAAACAACAACAUUUUUCUAAUGAAUGAGCUGAAUCAACUCGGCAACGCAGACGCUAUGGGAAGUGACGCCCAGGGGAAGAGCCAAGUAGAAGAGUGUGAAGGGAAUAAUUCGACUCACAAAGAAACAAAUCACCACACACAUGAUCCUUCCAACCACGGAAAGGGAAAGGCAAAUGUAAAAGGGGCGGGUCCAAAGGAUAAACAAUCCAUUGCCGAUCGGAAGGCAGACCCCAAAGGGGGAAAAAAAUGGCCCAGGUGGAAAGCAGACCACGUAGAAAAAGAAGAAUAUGCGCAGCAUCCACAAGAUGAAAUGGAAUUAUACCAGCCUGACUACUUUGCAAGAAAUAUCCUCAGUGUACACAACAUACAAAAUAUCUUCGACUACGUGAAUAAUAAUUACACCAAAUUUAUUAGCGAUUUUACUACAGACAAGAGCACCGUUUUCACAAACUUGGACUUAAAGGAAAAUUUGGAUAGACAAAUCAUUGAGAAAAAUAAUACCAUAUAUAAUUUUAUCCACUCCGCUACCAUGUUUCAGCAUAGUGGGACUCUGAAGGAUCUUAACAGCAACUACUUCUUCAACAAAAUUCAGACGGAGCUGUUUAAUAAUUAUGGCAAUCUUCAUAAUGGCCACCAUCAUAAUGGCAACUUCAGGUGCAUACACAGCAUGCUCGAGGGGAAUGUCCACAAGACAAACGCUGUGAAGCAAGACGCAAACGAUGGCAAAGGCGAUGGUAACAAUUUGGGGGAUGAUGGGCAAUCACCCCCCAAGCAGAGGAAGUACGUCUCCAUUACAGAAACCCAGCCCUCGGACCCCUCAGACAUUCUCCACAUCACCAGCGGGAUCAACCAAAGCGUGAAAUUCGCAAGCAUCAAAGGGGGAGCGGACGGACCAGUGGUGCAAAAAUCGGUGAACUUCGACAACAAGGGGAACACUACCAAUCGUAGCGAGCUGCCAACAGGUGGAAUGACCCAAAAUCAAAACAAACAGAAAGAACCCAGCCCGCGCAACAUCAUCCGUGUCUCGCAAAACGGACUCCAAAUGAAUGAAUUGGCAAACUUAAUAGAAAACGAGGACUUCAAAAAAUUGUACGAAUAUAUCACAGACAAGGGUAACAACAAUGAGGGGGUUCAUUUUAAAGAUGGAGACGAGUGUUCCCAUGCAGCGUUCAAACAGCUCCAAUCCAGGAUCGAUGACGAAAUACGGAAAAUAAGUGACUACGUGACGGUGGAUAUAUCCCCUCUGAGUGAGGGCGGGAAAGGCAGCCGCGGCAGCAAGGCAAGUGGGAAGAAAAAUAGUCGCGCGAGCGCAGUGGGGAAGCGUUCCUCCACAGGCAAACCCAACAAAGACGAAUGGAACAACGGCAAUAGUGAUAAUAAUCAUUCCAAGACUGGUCAGAACCCUUGCGAAGGGGUACCUCCUCAAAUUGGGGACGCCUCUCGAAAUUCCACGGAUACAAAACCAGCCAAACAAAAUAACUUCAAUCACACACACAUUUCAUACUUGGAAAAAAAACGAACCACCAAUUUGUUCUUCCAAAAAAUUAUCGACAUAAUUAGAAACAUAUUUCAGAAAAAAGAAUCCCCCAAAGACCCAAUCGAAAUUAACACCUCCGACCUCAUCGAUAAUGAGCUCCUCUACAACAAAAAGCUCCUCGAAAAAAACUUGGAUUCCUACAAGCUUCGAAAUUUUCAAAUCAAUGAUAAAAAAAUUUAUCUCCUCAACGAGGCGGAGUACGUACACCUCAGGGAGCUAAUAAAUUACAAAAACAAAAUGCUUUCCUUUUUGAAUUGCGAAUAUAGGAAGUUUAAAAUGUCUCUUUCGUGA